ACCAAAAACCACCACUUCAGUAGUCCAAUCUCUCUCUCUCAAUAGUAUCUUGAUCUUUUAUUAUUCUUAUCACAAAACAAUGGCAUCAUCUCAUAUACCCACUUUUUCACCCUUCAUUUUAGGAACCACCAUUACCGUUACCAUCUUCAUCUUCUCUCUGUUCACACCUUCCCACGCAGCCAUAGACUGCGACACCCAGAAGCUUCCACCCAGCCGCUCCUUCGCCAACUGCACAAACCUUCCUUCCUUAGGCGCCACUCUCCACUUCACCUACAACGCUACCAACCACUCCCUCGCCGUCGCUUACGCCGCCGAGCCCCCCAGCCCCAACGGCUGGGUCGCCUGGGGUAUCAACCCCACCGGCGGCGGCAUGGUCGGCACGCAAGCCUUUAUCGCCUUCAAGCAAAACGGCAGCGUUGCGGUUGGACUCUACAACCUCACCUCUUACAAAGGCAUUGACGCCGUAAAGGCACUUUCGUUUGACACUUGGGACGUGAGCGCGGAAGAGGCUGGCGGCGUGAUAACGGUGUUUGCGGUCGUAAAAAUCCCGGAAAAGGAGGGGAACUUGACUCAAGUGUGGCAGGUGGGGCCCGUAACCGGAGGGAAACCGAUGAUUCACGCGAGGAAACCGGAGAAUCUUCAGGCGCAGGGAGCGCUGGAGGUGGUGGGGUCCACAAUAAGUGGGAACAGUAGUGCGAAUGGUGGUGGGGAUAAUAAUAAAAGUGGUGGUGGGGUCUCGGUGAUGGGUGUAAGGUUUGGGUUUGGUUUUUACUUUGGAUUGGUUUUGGUGGUGUUGAUGAGUCUUGUUACCGUGUGAUUUUAUUUGAUGUGAUGUCAUGUGAUGUGAUUCUUUUCACCUCUCUCUUGUUUUUGUUGAAUAAUUUUUCUUGUACGGUUAUAUUUGUAUUUUUUUUCUUUUAUUAAUUUUAGUAGUUUUAUUUGU